CAACAGUACCAGGAAGCAAGCUUUCAGAGGAGUGCAACGUGUUAAGAAUUAUUAGCUCAUUAACUAGAUUUGGCAAAAAUGUUCUGGACUAGCGAUCAUUCUGAUUGCGUUAAAACGAUCUCAUCCACCGAAUUAACUGCUGCUCUUUGUUUGUUAUGACAUUUUGUUAUUUAAACGAACCAUGUCAAUCUUCUCCCGGAAGUGGAGCUUGUUUUUCUACUGAAGCUGGUCUGCUGCUAUCAGGCUAGCCUUGAUUUAACGUGUUCAACAGAUUAGCUAGUUUUAACAAACCACAAAAGAUAACAGUUUCCUUUCUACUUUCGAGCGUAACUGUUUUGUUGUUAAGAUAAAUGAAGUCGUUGUCAUUGCACGGGUUAAUUAAGACUUGUAGUUUAAUGUCAGUCUGUCCAUUGAUAUGCUAGCUACAUGUAGCAAGCUAAUUUAGCUUGCUGGGGCGCGAUGAAGCCCAGGGAAUAAUCACUGUAAUCUCAUCGUUAGUUGAAUUCGAUAUCUCGCUGUCGUACAACGUUGCUAUUAAAAUAUUUCAUUCGAUUCAGCCGAGCUUCCAGACACGAUGAGUGCCAAAUUUGGACUGAUUAAUUACAACAGCUCCCGGAAGCACAUUUCCAUAUCGGUGCCCUCUACGACAGAGAUCAUGUCCCCCCAUAUCAAAUCUGUGGAGGAGCUGCGGGUGCUGGGCAUCAACCUCAGCAGCUUCAGCACGCCCACACAGUUCUUCAUCUGUGUGGCUGGGGUCUUUGUCUUCUAUCUCAUCUAUGGGUAUCUGCAGGAACUCAUAUUCUCAGUAGAGGGAUUUAAGCCUUUUGGAUGGUACCUCACAUUAGUACAGUUUGGGUUCUACUCAACAUUUGGACUGGUUGAACUCCAGUUCACGCAAGAUAAAAGAAGGAGAAUACCUGGGAAAACAUACAUGAUGAUUGCAUUUUUAACAGUGGGGACUAUGGGACUAUCAAACACAUCUCUUGGAUACUUGAACUACCCCACACAAGUCAUUUUUAAGUGCUGUAAACUAAUUCCAGUCAUGAUAGGAGGGAUAUUUAUUCAAGGGAAGCGUUACAAUGUAGCCGAUGUGUCCGCUGCGCUCUGUAUGAGUUUGGGUCUUAUCUGGUUCACUUUGGCAGACAGUAAAGUUGCCCCCAACUUUAAUGUAACAGGAGUGAUCCUCAUCUCGAUGGCCCUCUGUGCCGAUGCUGCUAUCGGAAACGUGCAGGAGAAGGCCAUGAAGCUCCAUAACGGCUCCAACUCGGAGAUGGUUUUAUAUUCCUACUCUAUAGGAUUUCUCUACAUAUUGACGGGUCUGUUUUGUGUGGGUGGACUGGGACCAGCCGUGGCCUUCUGCUCUCAGCACCCAGUGAAGACCUAUGGUUAUGCCUUCUUCUUCUCCCUGACGGGAUACUUUGGCAUUUCUUUUGUUCUUGCAUUGAUCAAACUCUUCGGAGCUCUUGUAGCAGUUACAGUGACGACAGGGAGAAAAGCAAUGACAAUCGUGCUGUCAUUCAUUUUCUUUUCGAAGCCUUUUACUUUUCAGUACAUAUGGGGCGGCCUGCUCGUGUUGUUCGGCAUAUUCCUCAACAUUUACAGCAAAAACAAGGACAAAAUGAAACUGCCGUCCCUGGCCGACAUCAGGAGCCAUAUGUCGUCCGGGAAGAGGGGGAGGCUGAUGUCUCAGGACGUGUAGACAGCUGCCCCCGAUGAUCGCAGCGGAGCCUCUGGUUGGUUGGCUUCUGGAGAGGCGAGGUCGGGUGCGCCACGGAAACAUUCCUGCUGAGGUAGAACAGGAGCACCUGCUGGAGGCUCCAAAGGGAACGGCCAAAGAGCACGGCCUUGCACACUAACCGUGACUUCACAUUAAAGCUAGCCUGAAAUAAAGGGGGCUGAGCAUCUGUUUAAACAAGACGCUUUUCUCCAUUGAUGAAGCUACAUAAAAAAUGGUAGCACAGAGUCAUAUUACGGACAAUGUUUUGUCACGUGUACGUCCGAAAUGGUCAAGUUUUUCCUCUUCAACUACUGUCUUACAUUCACGGCUUUAGUUAAUUUUUUUUAUUUAUGACUUCGAUCAUGUCAAGGAAAUGUAGAUGGAAAGAUCUAGAAGAGCCUGGCCGUGCUCUCACGUGUAUCGAAGUACCGUAAUCACGAUAUUCCACAAACCGUUUGUUUUGGUGAAAGGGUUGCUGUUCUUUAUUUUUUUUCUUUAUUUUUUUUUCCUCAUUGGAAUCAGAAAAGGGGGGGGGAAGUUAAUUCAAGGAGUUUGAUGUGUUUUCAUAAAUGUCUUGUAAGCAGCUUACCAGCCGUUUCUUAUCCGUUGGCUGCAGAAAGAGGAGUUGAAUUCCUGCCAAGAAGCUUCUCAGAUGUUUACCCAUCAGAUGGCCCCGGGCUUGUUUGAUUAGUAAUCCUGGAAUAAGAUAGCACUAGAAAGAAAACAAACACUGUUCAAAGGCCUUGGCUUUAGACCUAAUUUAGAUCGGCGGUGCAUUACGUGGGCGUGUGAUGUCGGGGGACAUCCUGCCGGCGGCGGAAGAGUUGGAAUCGGGACCCUCCGGGCGUUAUUACUGCAUGUCUCGGACAACACCCUCCGCCAUUUUGUGAAGCGCACAGGGGGCCUUGUCAGUCAAGCAAAAAUCAGGAGGGGGGGAACAGCAAACGACCAAAAAACGAUUGUAAUAGUGGUUAUUUUGGGAACAAUGGAGCAGGCUGCUUUUGGAAACUGUUGACUAGCACACGGAAUAAGACUGAAUACGAGUCAUUUUAAAAAAGGAAAAGGAAAAAAAAAAAACAAUGUGUUGAAUGAAUGGGCUUUAUUUUUCUGUACUGUUGAAUUUAUUGUUCAGGUUUAACUACCGUGUCCUUGAUAAUGAUGAAGGAAGAAGUUUGAUGUUUGUUGAACAUAACAUCUGAAAGCAAGCAGAAUGGAAUAUAUAAAAAUGUAAAUAGCUGUAUAGGAAUAGGUUUUUUGAUACCUGGGGCAUGAUUGUUUGCAGAUUUGACAUCUCACUGAAGAACCGAUAUUGAGAAAUGCAUAGAGAUCAAGACGUCUAACCUCAUAAAGAUAAGCAAAUGCAAUGUUUUGUAUUACACAAAGGACCCUUGGAUAUUUAUGCGCUAUAGCCAUGUAUUAUAUGCAUGCGCAAACAGACAUGUAAUGUAAACAUAAGAGUCGCAUGAAUUGACAGGCAUACGUUGUAAACUUGUGUCCUCCUUGGGUCAAUUGGCUUUGUAUGAAAGGAAUUUAAAUGAAAGGACGAGAAGCACUUAUCGACAACGGGAUCUUAUCUGCCUCCUCUUCUUUCAUUAGCCACUUACAAACUCAAAAUCUGCCAGGCUGUGUGCAUUACAUUCACCAACUCCAAACUCACAUUGACCCAAAAGCUGUAUUUCAUGCAUACAGUAGCUAAUCUAAUCAUCCUACUGUAACGACUCGCUAACAAUUAAGAUCGACCGCUAGGGAUCGUUUUGAAAAAUCGUUUUCGGAAAAAAUGCUGCUCCCAGCUCACGGUAUUAAAGGGACGGUGAUAAUUUUGGAGUUGUCCUUUGGAAUAUAUGAUGUACAGGUGCUAAUUGCCCUCUGGUGUGUGGCUUAAUGUAAAAUUUCAAUAUUUGCCAGCUCUGUAGGGGGCGGAAUAUUGCGGUGUUCGUGGGGUAGCGAAAGACGCGAGAAUGUUACAAGCUGACACCCUGGCAGGAAGCUCAGUGCAGGGCAAUUAGUCAUUUAGUAUUUCAUAAAAGCUGGCAGCUCCUCAACACUGACAAACUGACAGAUUCUUCUCAAGGGUCCAAAGGCUUGCAGCGAAAACAGCAGACAUGCAGGAUGUGUCACAGCAUUUGAUCUCGACAUGACAAACGUUGGAAUUCAGUUUAUUUUUUUAGUAAGAUGUACAGAAACUAUGGGUAAUUGAAGGGGGGGUUCAUAUGUCUCGUGUGCUUGAUUUGGGUUUUAUGAGAAUGUAUUACUUCACCAUGUUUCUUAAUCUAUGGCGGCGAUGUAGACGUGCUUUGUCUCCAAAGAGUUUGUCAAUGAGGGAAAUGAUCUGGAGGCAAACAUGACUGUGAUGGCUUGGAAAAGCCAGUGGAGGUGUGAACAUGAAUAUCGGUGCACAUAAACCAUGCUAAGACCCCUAUAAACGCCUCACAAUCUUGCCUGUAAAUGCUACAGGAAUAGUAUAACAGUUAAUUUAAUGAAUUGGUAACUAUUGUUGGUUCUAUAUUUUAAUAAAAAUACUUGUACAACUA